AUGAAGAUGAAGAUGAAGAUCUUCAGCAGGUUCCACUAUGUGUGGUAUCUGGUGAGUGCGCUGGAAGAAUGGGGUAAAACGUGUGUUUUACUUUCAGCUUGACAUGGCUCUGUGCUAUGGCCAUUCUCUCUCUCUGUGUGUUUUAACUAUCUCCAAUUGUAUGUCAGGGAAACAAGUGUCCUCUUUCUCAGUUUCUGUGUUUCUCAGCCCUUCCUCAUUCUUCCGGUGUGAGUCUUUUAGGAGGUGACAGAGGUUGACCCUUUACCCGAUGGCCGCAGCUUUUGCGCAUGGAGAUCCUCCGUAUGUAAUAAUUAAUUUAAAUUUGAUAUUUGGUUUCCAUUGACCCCCCCCCCCCCCCCCCCCCACCCAACCCAACCAACCCCCUCCUCUCCUGCCUGUAUAACCGGAGUGAUGAGUGAUUUGCAUUCAUGUAGAUUUUGCUGACGCGUGUGGUUUUCUCAUUCUAAAGUAUGGCUCCAACUGUUUUUUCCUUCUCACUACAAAGCAUUAGCCUGGUCCCAGAUCAGUUUUUACUGCCAUGCCAACUCCUUGUCACUCAUUGUCCAGUUAGCAAGACAGGUUGCUGUCAUUACUUGGGCCCUGUUUGAAACAUUUACUUCCCCUUCUCCUUGAAGCAAUACCUGAUCGGACAUGAAUGGAUUGGUGGAAGCUCUGUGGUGCAACCCCCUGCCUUCACCUCUCCAAUCCCGUUAGAUCGCUGAUUACUCCAAGGAAGGAGAGAAGGAUUAAUAAAAUAUUACUUUUCAAGCAGGGCGACGGUUUGCCCACACAAUCCAUUAUUGCCUUGGCUUUUGAUUGGUUGGGGAUUGGAUUCUAUGUCGCUGUCUGUCGUGAGCCCUUGCUGAACGGCCGGUUUGCGGUAUGGCUUUGUGUCUGCAGAGGGAUGACAUGUUUUUACCGCUUCCCAAAAUGAACAACUAUUUAAUUCCUUCAGGGUAUAUGCUGGGACAGAGUCCUUGAAUAAUACAUACAUACAGCCCAAAAAGACCUUCUGAAGAGUCUGUUUGAGUAGACUACACACUAGUACACGGGGGGCCAGUAUGAAAAUGUAUGCACUCACUAACUGUAAGUCGCUCUGGAUAAGAGCGUCUGCUAAAAGAAAUAAAAGUCAAUGUAUUAGGCUACAACUGUAGAACCCCGGGUCACUGUACAAAACCCAAAUACCUUUUACAACCAGACUACAAACUUAAAAACCAGGGUAUACGUACAACCCGACUACACUGUACAACCCGAAAUAAAACUAGUGGGGGCCCACAAAUGUACAACCAGGGUCCCUUCACCGACUACACUUCAAACCCCAACCCACCCGUAAACCUACUACCUGACAACCCGACUAAAACUGUACAAACCCGGGUCACUGUUUCAACCCCGGGUAAAACCGGGCAACCAGACUACACUGUACAAACCCGACUAAAACACAGUGAGGCUACCCCUGUCCAAAACCCGACUAAAGAACAAAACCCAAAUACACUGUACAAACCCGACAAAACUGUCCAAACCCGGGUACCUUUAAAAAACCAGAAAUACCUUUUACAACCAAAUACACUGUCCCCCAGGGUUUCACUGUACCAAACCCGGCUACACUGUACAAAACCCAAAUACCCUGUAAACAACCGAAUACAAAACUGUGGGGUACACUGUACAACCCCGGGUACACUGUACCAAACCCCCCUACACUGUACAACCAACUACACUUUACAACCGGCACACGUAAAAACCAACUACAAAUGUAAAAACCAGGGUAAACUGUAAAAACCAGGGACCCCCUGUACAAACCCGGCUACCUCUACACCAGAAAUACAAAAUGUACAACCAGGUUACACUGUUUCCCCCAACACACUGUACAAACCCGACCACGUCCAAAACCCGGCUAAAACUCUACAAAACCCAUAAAACUGUUUCAAAACCCAAAUACACUGUACAAACCAUUUACCUGUAAAAACCAGGCUACAUGUACAACCCCUUCUACACUGUAAAAAACCAGGCUACACUGUAAAAACCAGACCCCCAAAAACUGUUUCCAAACCCCACACUGUACAACCCGGGUACACUGUACCAAACCCAAAUAAAACUGUACAACCGGCUAACACACUAGUGAGGGGUACACUGUCAACCAGACACACUGUACAACCCCGGGUUAAAAAGUACAAACCCCGGGGAAAACUGUACAACCCGACUCCCCUGUACAAAAAAAAACUACACUGUACAACCCGACACCUGGACACCAACCACCAACCGUACCCAGACUACACUGUACAACCAGGCUAAAAACACUAGUGGGCUACCUUCCCAAACCAAAUAAAAACUGUACAACCCAAAUACCCACAGUGAGGGGUAAAAAACUGUACAAAAAAGACUAAACUUACAACCAACUACACUGUACAACCCGGCUCCACGUACAACCAGACUAACCCGAAAAACCCGGCUAUACGGGAAACAACCCGACUUUCACUGUACAAAACCCAACCCACCACAUUUAGCCAAAAACGGUACAACCAGACUACACUGUAAAAACCCGGGUUUCCCCGACAACCAGGCCCAAAAACCCGUACAACCCGGCUACACUGUACAACCAGGCUACACUGUACAAACACCUGUACAACCAGGGUAACCCCGUUUCAACCAGGUUAAAACCCCAGUGAGGCUACAAAUGUACAAACCCGACACAAAUGGGAAAAACCAAUACUACAUGUACAAAACCAAAUACACGGUUUCAAACCCGGCACACUGUACAACCCAAAUACACUGUAAAAAACCAGGCUAAAACUGUACAACCCCGACUACACUGUCAACCAGAUAAAACACUAGUGAGGCUCCCCCUGUACAACCGACUAAAACCCCUAGUAGGCUACACUGUCCCCCCCCGGCUACACUGUACAACCAGGUUUUUACUGUUUCAACCAGGCUAAAUUACAAAACCCCCCUACACUGUACAACCCCGGCUACCUGUAAAAAACCAACUACCUGUACCAAACCCGGCUAAAAACUGUAAAAACCAACUAAAAAUGUACAAACCCCCGGGUAACACUAUUUGGGGACACUGUACAAACCCACUAAAAACUGUAAACCAGGUUUUCACUGUUUCAACCAAAACUACAAAAGUCCCAAACCCGACUAAAACUUUAAAAACCAGACUCCUGUACAACCAGACUUUCACUUUUACAAACCAAAAUACACUGUCAAACCCGGCCCCCCUGUACAAACCCAAAUAAACUGGACAACCACUACACCUAUGAGGGUACACUGUACAACCAGGCUACACUGUACAACCAGACUACCCUACAACCAGCUAAAACCCCUGUACAACAGGGUUUCACACAAAAUGAGGGUACAAAUGUACAAACCCAAAACACUGGGACAAAACCCGGGUACAAAAUUUUCAACCCCCGGGUAACUUUCAACCGACCCACAAAACUAGUGAGGCUACACACUGGGAAAAAACCAGACUCAAAAUGUACCAAACCCAAAUACACUGUAAAAACCGACUACACUUUUACAAAACCGACUAAAAAAAUGUAAAAACCCCGACUAAAACUGUACAACCAACACACACUAUGGGGGCUACACUGUCAACCAGGGCUACACUGUACAACCCCGACUACACUGUACAAACCCAAAUACACUGUAAAAAACCAACUAAAAACUGUAAAAACCAGGCUACACUUACAACCAGCUUUCACAAAAGUGAAAACUACCUGUACCCCCCGGCUACCCCACAGGAUAACUACACUGUACAAACCCGACUACCAAAUUGAGGCUAACUGUAAAAACCAGGCCCACACACUAGUGAGGCCCCCCCUUUUACAACCAGGCUAAAACCCCGUAAAACCCGCCCCAAAAACCAUUUAGGCAAAACCCGUACAAAACCCGGCUUUCACUGUAACAAACCCGGCUACACUUUUAAAAACCGGCUACCACAGUGAGGCUACAAAGUCAACCAGGGGUACCUGUACAACCCCGGGUUUACUUUAAAAACCAACUAAAAACUGUAAAAACCAAAUCCCAAACACUGUGAGGCUAAAACUGUUUCAAAACCCGGCUAAAAACUGUACAACCCCGGCUACAAAGUACAAACCCGACCCAACCCCCUGUAAAAACCCGCUAAAAACUGUUUCAACCAGGUUACACUGAAAAAACCAGCUACCCCUUACAAAACCCCGGCCCCACACUGUACAACCAGGUUACACUGUACAACCCUGGUUUUCACCUAUGAGGCUCACUGUACCAAACCCGGCUACCUGUAAACCAAAACUACCCUGUACAAAACCCGGCUACACCGUACAACCCGACUACACUGUAAACCCGGCCCACACGUACAAACCAGGGUCCUGUACAACCAGGGUACCCCUAGUGAGGCUACACGUACAACCAGACUUUCACUGUACCCAGGUUUACCCUGUCAACCAGGCUACACUGUAAAAACCAACUAAAACUUAAAAACCCCGGCUACAAAAUGUCCAAACCCGGGUACCGUACAACCCGAAAUACAAAUGUACAACCAGGCUACACUGUACAACCAGGUUACACACAGUGAGGGUAAAACUGUAAAAACCAGACUACACGUACAACCAACACACUGUACCAAACCCGGGUACAAAUUAAAACCAGGUUAAAAAACUGUACAACCAGGUUUCACACUAUGGGCUACCCCGUUUAAACCAGGCUACCUGUUUCAACCAGACUAAACACUAGUGAGGGUACCCGUAACCCCGACUACACUGUACAACCAACUACCGGGACAACCAGACUACCUGUAAAAAACCAGGCUCCAAAUGUACAACCAGGUUUAAAAACCCGGGAAAAACCAGGUUUAAAACCCGUGAGGCUACCUUCCCAAACCCGGCACACGGGACAAACCCCUACACACUAGUGAGGCACACUGUACCAAACCGGCUACACUUUUACACCCCUACACUGGGAAACCAGACUACACGUAAAAACCAGGCAACGGUUUCAACCAGGUUACACUGUCAACCCCAAAAUUUCACUGUACAACCAGGCUACCCGAAAAACCAGGCUACAAAUGUUUCAACCAGGUUACACUGUACAACCAGGCCCACCUGUACAACCAGACCUUUUCACUGUACAAAACCCGGGUAAACUGACAACCAGACUACCCGUACAAAACCGGGUAAAACUGUACAAACCCGACUACCUGUACCAAACCCGGGUACACUGUACAAACCCGGGGGCCCGUAAAAAAACCAGACACACUGUACAAAACCAAACUACACGUACAACCAGGCCCACCUGUACAAACCCGGUUUCCCCUGUAAAAACCGGGUACACUUAAAACCAGACUACAAAUGUACAAACCCGGCUACACUGUCCCCAGACUACCAAAAAUGUACAACCAGGUUACACUUACAACCAACCCUACACUGUACAACCAGGGCCCCACUGUAAAAACCCGGGUUCCCCUGUUAAAAAACCAGGCUACACUGUACAAAACCAAAAUAAAUGACAACCGGCUAAAAAAACUGUACAACCAGACACACUGUUCAAACCCGGGUACCACUAGUGAGGCUACACUGUAAACAACCAACAACUGUACAAACCCGACACACGGGAACAAACCCGGGUACACUGUACAACCCCAAAUACACUGUACAACCAGGCUAUACUGUACAACCAGACUACACUGUACCCAAACCCGCUAUAAAGGGACAAAAACCCCCUACAAAAACCCGUACAACCAGACUACACACUAGUGAGGCUACCUGUACAACCAGACUACACUGUACAACCAGGCUAAAACACAAAGGGGGGUACACUGUAAAAACCAGACUACAAAGUACAAAAAAGACUCAACUUAAAAAACCCGGGUACACUGUCAACCAGACCCACACUGAACCCCCAACCCCGGGUAUACGUAAAAACCCCAAAAUAAAAACUUACAACCAGGCUUUUACUGUACAAAACCAAAAACCCCCAAAUGUACCCAGCUACCCACUAGUGAGGGUACCUGACAACCGAAAUAAAACCCCGUACAAACCGGCUCACACUAGUGAGGCACCUGUAAAAAACCAACUACCCUGUACCAAACCCGACUACACUGUACAACCGGGUAAACCCCCCGUACAAAACCGGCUACCACUGUGAGGGGGUACACUGUUUCAAACCAACAAAACUGUACCCCCAGGCCCACACCUAGUGGGGGCUACACUGUACAAAACCAACUACACUGUUAAAACCAGGGUACAAAACUAGUGAGGCUACCGUCCAAAAACCGACUACACUGUCCCAAACCCGACUACACCUUUACAACCAGGUUAAAACUGUACAACCCCAAAUCACUGUACCCCAGGAAAAACGUACAACCAAGGGUAAAAACACAGUGAGGGUACACUGUCCCAAACCCGGCUACAAAGUACAACCAGACUACCGUACAACCAGACACACUGUCAACCCGACUACACGGGACCCAAACCCGACUAAAAUUCAACCAGGGGGUUUCACUGUCCCCAAACCGGGUUACACCCAUGAGGCUAAACCCCUUUAAAACCCCCCUACCCCUUUUCCCCCCCCUACCAACGUACAAAACCCGACUACACGUAAAAACCAGACUCCUGUAAAACCAACUACAAAUGUACAACCCGGGUACACUUACAAAACCCGGUUUCACUUUUAAACCAAAACUACAAUGUACAACCAGGUUUUCCAAAUUUUACAAAACCCAAAUACAAAGUACAACCAGACUACAAAGUACAACCAGAAAUACACUGUACACCCCGGCUAAACUGUACAAACCAAAAUUUCACUGUACAACCAGGCCCACACUGUACAACCGGUUUUCACUGUACAAAACCCAAAUACACUGUACAAAACCCGGGUACACUGUACAACCCCGGGUACACGUAAAAACCAGACUACCCUGUACAACCAGGCCCAAAACUGUACAACCGGUUUCAAAAGUAAAACCGACUACACUUUUCAACCAGGUUAAAAACUGUACAACCAACUACAAAGGGACAACCAAAACUACACGUAAAAACCAGACUAAAACUGUACAACCAGGCACACGUACAAAAACCCGGCUACACUGUACCCCAGGUUACACUGUAAAAACCAGGUUAACCCGUACAAACCCGACCCCACAAAACCCAGUGAGGCUACACUGUACAACCAGGCUACACGGGACAAAACCCGACUUUCACACUAGUGAGGGUAAAAACUGAAACCCGGGUACCUUAAAAACCAGGUUACACGUAAAAACCAGACACCUGUACAACCAACUACAAAUUUCAACCCCGGGUACACUGUAAAAAGGCUACACACUAGUGAGGGGUAAAACUGUACAAACCCGGCCUAAAACUGUACAACCAGACUACACUGUACAACCAGGCUACCGUACAAACCCGGCUACACUGUCCAACCAUACUUAAAACCUUGAAAACCAACCAGGGCUACAUGUCACCAACAAAACCGUAAAACCAGCACCUGUAAAAACCGGGCUCCCUUCACCCCCGGACCUUUAUUUGUACAUUCGAACAGCCCGUACAGCUACCUUAAAAAACCGGCCUUCCCGUUUUUUGACCUCUUAGGGAAGUUGUCUUCCAUAAGACCCGGCAUUUAAAAAUUUAAAGUUGGGCCCCGGGGAUCUAUAGUAAUUAACUGGAAUGUGUGAGUCACACCAGAGAGGAAGAGGCGAUGCCAGAGCGAUAACUGGGCCCAAAAUCUGGCUUCUCCAGCAGGUAACUUCUUUUUCAGGCACCAAGCAAGGAGUUUAGUAUGGAGGUCAAUUAGUGUCGAAUUUGGUUAACAGAAAAUGUAAUAGCUUAUUUGCUACGUGUGGCUUAUUUGAUCGAAUAGUUGUUUCGUAGUGCUUAGGUUGUUACGAGUCUACUGAUAAGUAGCACACGUGACAUCCCGGCAACUUUGAGAAAAAACACUUUAUAUCAGAGUUGUGCCUGUUGUUCACACAUGUAUCUGCCCUCUCAUUGGUUAGAAUGGUCCCACCUGAUCUUGGCCCCUUCUGAGUACCCGCCCUUUAGCUAACGUUCCACUCCUUGUCAUUGCCAAAGAGACUGGCCUUUCGGCAAUCUCAAAGUUCAAUAUGCGCUGGAUUUAGUGGAUUUUCUCUUUGGUUGUUGGAAAUAACAUGAAUUUCCAUGACUAGAUGUGGAGCCUCAAAUAUAAUUUUGUUUUAUAACAAAGUCAAAAACAAACAUUUAGCUGUUAGCUAGGAAUGUUGUAUUUUGAGGCUUAAAAUCAAAACUAAGGCGUUUUGUGGUUGGAAUUGCAGUAUGUAUUUAGUUUGAGAAUUUAGACAUGCGCUAGCAACUUUUGACGGACUGGUUUAGUAUGGACAAACAAAUUGUUGAUUAGCAACCGGAUACCGUCGUCAUAACCCGGAGGCUUGCCAAACAGACCAAACAGACCAGGCCGAGGUUUGAGAAGUAAAUGAGAGAAAUUAGAAAUUCUUCGUUAGUAGGUAAUUUUCUCGAACUCUAAAGGCACAACCUAGAUUUGAGCCAAUGUCUUAAGUAGUUAAAUAUGUUAUUAUUCCAACCUUGUGAAAGUGACUAACUGACACGUUUUCAUUUUCGUAAAAAAAACAACAACUUUAUAUCGAAGGAGGGCCUAUGAUUUGAAGGCCUGCACAUGCGCAGUCCGCACAAGACGACAGUUUAGCUAGCCAAUGUCGCCAUGGCAUUGGAAACGCAAUUUCUGCCAACCUUCAUACUGUACUGUCUUCGCCGACAUGUUCUGUGGAGAAAAAAAGUCAUGAGUUCCAAUUUAAUCAUUGUGGUUGGAGGAUAGCUGUGAGGGUGAUCGAAUCAGGAGCAAAUCCUCUGUUUUCUUCUACUCGUUAUGAUAGAAUGUUCAUAUUUGAAGACUGCGUAAAGCCCAGUCUCUUUGGCACAUGACAUGGAGUACAGGGAGGGGAUUAGCUAAAGAGACUGGUACCCAGGCUAACUGUCUUCCAUUUUGAAUACAUUAUUUUUCAUUGUUAGAGCGGCCACUUGUUUCGGGUCAAUAUAUUGGAUAAUCUGUGGACGCACCCAGUAAUUGAAAUUUGUUAGUCACACGCGAUAUCUCAAUUGGCCCAAGGGGGGCGCUGCAUCAUUCCUGGGGGAAGACAUGUUUACUGUUGCCUUGUUUGAUCAUGGUUAGUGAUACACGCAGCAGUCAUACGAGACAGAAUUUACUUACCAAGCUCUCUCUCUCUCUCAAGACUGAUUGGGGAGGUUGAGUGGAGGACUCUGUCCGUUUUCUAAAGCUUAUUUCUUGUUUCUCUUAUUUUCACAGUGGAUGGCUAAAACAUCAUUAUUUCCCCCCACGAUGAAAUCGGAGCGGGGACUAUGGUCUGGAUCUGUCUCAGUUAAUGUGUUAGUCACAUGCAAUAUCUCACACCACUGGCCUGAUAUUUUUAUUAACAGCAGUACAACAAUACAUUUUAAAACCGUGACAAUCUCUAGUGAUAUUUACUGGUAGUAAGAGUUGUUGCAUUUAGUAGUCACCCUCUCUAAAUUGAAGGGGUUCAUUUAGUAGUCACCCUCUCUAGGAUUGAAGGGGUUCAUUUAGUAGUCACCCUCUCUAGGAUUGAAGGGGUUCAUUUAGUAGUCACCCUCUCUAGGAUUGAAGCGGUUCAUUUAGUAGUCACCCUCUCUAGGAUUGAAGGGGUUCAUUUAGUAGUCACCCUCUCUAGGAUUGAAGGGGUUCAUUAGUAGUCACCCUCUCUAGAUUGAAGGGGUUCAUUUAGUAGUCACCCUCUCUAGAUUGAAGGGGUUCAUAUAGUAGUCACCCUCUCUAGGAUUGAAGGGGUUCAUUUAGUAGUCACCCCUCUCUAGGAUUGAAGGGCUUCAUUUAGUAGUCCACCCUCUCUAGGAGUGAAGGGGUUCAUUUAGUAGUCACCCCUCUAGGAAUUGAAGGGGUUCAUUUAGUAGUCACCCUCUCUAGGAUUGAAGGGGUUCAUUUAGUAGUCCACCCUCUCUAGGAUUGAAGGGGUUCAUUUAGUAGUCACCCUCUGCUAGAUUGAAGGGGUUCAUUUAGUAGUCACCCUCUCUAGGGUUGAAGGGGUUCAUUUAGUAGUCACCCUCUCUAGGAUUGAAGGGGUUCAUUUAGUAGUCACCCUCUCUAGGAUUGAAGGGGUUCAUUUUGUGAUGGGAGUCUUGUAUUGACACAGUUGGGCGUCUUCGUACAGCCAGUUUCCGUUCCCCCCUCCAUUUAUCUGCCUGGCAUUGCCUACAUUCUGUACUGUAAACCCCCCCCCCCCCCCCCCCCCCCCCCCAUCUAAAAAUAACCUCUGUUGUCCUACAGUGUAAUGGUGGAAGUGUGUGUGUCAAACCAGGGGAUUGCUAGGCUGAGGUGUUUAGCUCCAGGCCCCUUUGCUCAGGUUUCAGUGCAGAAUGCAAUCUGGUCACGAGUACACACACACACACACACACACACACACACACACCGCAUCCUGCUAGCUGUAAGUAGAUGCUGAAGGAGUGAUGUUGAAGCGCAACACAGUGGUCAAACUCCUAUUACACACAGAUCAACCAACGGCGUCUUGCAGACCUUACUGGGACAAAUACAGGCUAGUGGAACCUGACAGGAAGGUUCUGAUGCCGUGGUGCUUUGGGUUCUCAAUAUCGUGUGCUAGUAGUCAUUUGGAACUGAGAGGAUUACUGUCAUCGUUUUCCACUUGGAUGUUUAUUAUCUUACAAUUUUAAAGUCGUAUCUUUCCUAUCACAGAUGAUCUGCUUCGAGGACUGUUUCAUUAAAUCCUAUAUCCCAUUCAAGUUAAUGAUGCUGUAAUGGGUGGAUUGGCAGCCGUUUUAAGAGAUUCUAUUUCUAUGGUCACUGCAACGUCCAUAUGUGUGCCCCCUGGGCCUGUAUCUCCCCUGGGCCUGUAUCUCCCCUGGGCCUGUAUCUCCCCUGGGCCUGUAUCUCCCCUGGGCCUGUAUCUCCCCUGGGCCUGUAUCUCCCCUGGGCCUGUAUCUCCCCUGGGCCUGUAUCUCCCCUGGGCCUGUAUCUCUAGUACAUGUAUAUUUCCAAGGACAGGCAUGUUCAGUAGGCACUAAAUAGGAAAAUGUCUCGUUUGUGUGAGCCUACCUCAUCCUUUUACAAAAAAGCAUUCUCCCUUUGCAUUUUGAUCAAACCCACAUAUUUAACCCACAUCUUCUCAAAGUACCCCUCUCUUCCUGUCCCAACUCCAUAGAAAUGCCAUUACUAUGUACGUUGUAUAAUUAGCCACUACUUUUAUAGAAACAUAUUGCUAUUGUCUAGUGUUUGUUACCUACUGAAUUGUCCCUUUUGUAAGGUCAACAGGGUUGUGUUCAUUAACGCCCACCGUAGCAGAACGUUGUGAUACGGAAAACGAAAACAGGCUUUUCUUCAGUUCAGUGGUUUUCUUCCUUUUUAUGGCUAGUGAACACGACCCCAAAUGUGUGGCUCAAUGGCACAGUGCUGAGUCCCUCCUCACCUGGCCGCCCACAGUGAAUCAGGAUCAGACUGUUUUUUUGCCUGCCUCAUUGACUGAACAUGUCUGUAUGCCUCAAGCCUGUUUGUGUGCUGUGUAUUCGAUGUACAAAACCAAGCGCUACCAACACAAAAUGCCAUUUUCUAUUUUCUCUCCCGCUCUCUCUCCCUCUCUCUGUUCUCCUACCUCUGGUCUCUCUCUCUCUCUCUCCCUCUCCCUCUCCCUCUCCCUCCCUCUCCCUCUCCUCUCCCUCUCUCUCUCUCUCUCUCUCUUUCAGGACUUCUCGAAUGACGACACCAAGCUGGAGUACAAUGUGGAUGCAGACAAUGGCAUUGCGAUGGAGGGCUACCUGUUUAAGAGGGCCAGCAACGCCUUCAAAACAUGGAACAGGUAAGACAUGAUGCACCUCUCCCCCCCUCUCCCUCUCUCCUUCUCCCCCCUCUCUCUCUCUCCUUCUCCCCCCUCUCUCCCCCUUCUCCCCCUCUCUGCUCCCCCCUCUCUCUCUCUCCUUCUCCCCCCUUUUCUCUCUCUCCUUCUCCCUCCCCCUCUUUCUCUCUCUCCUUCUCCCCCCUCUUUCUCUCUCCUUCUCCCCCCUCUUUCUCUCUCCUUCUCCCCCCUCUUUCUCUCUCCUUCUCCCCCCCCCUCUUUCUCUCUCUCCUUCUCCCCCUCUUUCCUCUCUCCUUCUCCCCCCUCUUCUCUCUCUCUCCCCCUCCCCCCCUCUUCUCUCUCUCUCUCCCCCCCCCUCUCCCCCCUUUCUCUCUCCUUCUCCCCCCUCUUUCUCUCUCCUUCUCCCCCCCUUUCUCUCUCCUCCUCCCCCCUCUUUCUCUCUCUCUCCUGCUCCCCCCUUUCUCUCUCUCCUUCUCCCCCUUUCUUCGUCCUCUCUCUCCUUCUCUCCCCCUCUCUCCUCUCUCUCCCUUCUCCCCCCUCUUUCUCUCCUCCUCUCCUCUCCUUCUCCCCCCUCUUCUCUCCCCUCCCCCUCUUCGUCCCUUCUCCCCCCUCUUUCUCCUCCUUCUCCCCUCUUUCUCCUCCCCCCCUCUUUCUCUCUCUCUCGUCCUUCUCCCCCCUCUUCUCUCUCUCCUUCUCCCCCCUUUCUCUCUCUCCUUCUCCCCCCUCUUUCUCUCUCCUUCUCCCCCUCUCCUUCUCCUUCCCCCCUCUUCUCUCUUCCUCUCUCCUCCUCCCACCCUCUCUCUCCUCUCUCCUUCUCCCCCCUCUUCUCUCUCUCUCCUUCUCCCCCCCUCCUCUUCUCUCCUCUCUCCCCUCCUCUCUCUCUCUCCUCUCUCCCCCUCUGUCUCCUCCCUCUUCUCCCUCCCUCUUUCUCUCUUCUCCUUCUCCCCCUCUUUCUCUCUCUCUCUUCUCUCUUCUCUCCUCUCCUUCUCCCCCUCUUUCUCUUCCUUCUCCUUCUCCCCCUCUUUCUCUCUCUCUCUCUUCUCCCCGUACCUUCUCCUUCUCCCCCUCUCCCCCUUUCUCUCUCUCCUCCUUCUCCCCCCUCUUUCUCACUCUCUCGUCCCCCCUCUCUCCUUCUCCCCCUCCCCCUCUCUCUCUCCUCUCCCUCCUUUCCCCCCUCUUUCUUCUCUUCCUUUUCCCCCCUUUGUGCUCUCCUCCUGCUCCUCUCCCGCCUCCCCCUCUCUCCUCCUCCUCUCCUCCGCCUCCCCUUUCUCUCUCUCCCCCCUCUAUCAGUCUCUCUAUCCCUCUCUCUCUAGCUGUGCCCUGAAACGGCUUCACCAUUGCACUAAACACCACGAUGUCCAGUAGGUAGAACAUUCCUGGUAGUGGUGAUCUUUCUGUGUCCUCUAACCUUGUGGUGAUUAGUUAUUAGCUGAGUGGGGAGGUGAUAAAUCACAGUUUAGUAUGCAAUCAUCCAGGGCCAAUCAGGAGGGAGGGAGGCCAGGAAGAAUGGUGGGAGGGAGGUAGUGACGUAGCGUAGUCAUCUGACACCUGGGAGAGCGCAGCCUGAAUGGCAAUGGUGCAGGGCUCCGUGAGCUGCAUGGCGUUAGCAAGAAGAGCUCCAACUCUUUAUUGUCCUGCAGCAUCAGAAGACAUUCCCUGUACUGCAAGAUGGAGGUCUCUGGAACCAUGCUGCUGACUGAGAAUGACUUGUGUUACCUAUUCACUUGUUUCUCAGACAAACAAUUGGGUUUCAAAAGUUCAAUAUUACGGUGCAGAAAAGCUUUUUUUCCCGACAUUAUCUGUCAAACCAACAAACGGCUAAGUUUUCUACCUAGCUAUUCUCCCACGAUAAUAUCAGAUUAUUAUUUUUUUGUCAAUUUAUUUGUCCUUCAUUAAAUCUCUAUCCAUUUCAAUUGACUAUAUUAAAUGCUUUAAAUUGUCGUGAACGCUCUUGUGAUCUCCUUUCAGGCGCUGGUUCUCCAUUCAAAACAAUCAGCUAGUUUACCAGAAGAAAUUCAAGGUAAAUCAGAUUACACCAGCCGUGUCCUAAAUUGGUACCCUGUUCCCUAUAAAUAGUGUACUACUUUUGACCAAAACCCUAUGGGUAGUGUACUGUAUAGGGAGAAGGGUGCCAUUUGGGAUGGCUCCUCCAGCUGCUACGCACAACAUCAAAUAUAAACUUCCAGCCCAAAUAUUCCCCUUGCAUUUUAAUAUAAUGAGGUAGCGUUGAAUUUGAAGCACAGUUAACACAAAAUAUUCACUUUGCUCAAGGUUACCAGGUUACAAUAUGGAAUUAAAUUAACACCUGUGUUGUGUAUACCUCUGAAGAAAUUACAUUUGCGUGUGUGCGCGCGCGCGCUUGCGCAUGCAAUUUGUAAAUGAGUGUGUAUGUGUACAUUGCAUUGUUUCUGCGUGUGUGUGUGUGUGUGUGUGUGUGUGUGUGUGUGUGUGUGUGUGUGUUACUGAAGCUGUGUUCCCCUUUCCCAGGAUAAUCCCACAGUGGUGGUGGAGGACUUGCGGCUAUGUACAGUCAAACACUGUGAGGAUAUCGAACGCCGCUUCUGCUUUGAAGUGGUGUCCCCCACCAAGUAAGUACACACACACAUACUAUAAUGCACAUCUAUACACUAGAUAUACAAAAGUAUGUGGACAACCCUUCAAAUGAGUGGAUUCGGCUAUUUCAGCAACACCCGUUGCUGACAGGUUUAUAAAAUCGAGCACACAGCCUAUGGAGAUUGCAUGGCUAACAUUGGCAGUAGAAUGUCCUCAGUGACUUUCAACGUGGCACUGUCAUAGGAUGGCACCUUUCCAACAAGUCAGUUCGUCAUAUUUCUAGCCUGCUAAAGCUUCCCCGGUCAACUGUAAGUGCUGUUAUUGUGAAGUGGAAACGUCUAGGAGCAACAACGGCUCAGUCGGGAAGUGGUAGGCCACACAAGCUCACAGAAUCUGUCCUCAGUUGUAACACUCAAUACCGACUUCCAAACUGCCUCUGGAAGUAACGCCAGCACAAGAACUGUUCGUCGGGAGCUUCAUGUAAUGGGUUUCCAUGGCCGAGCAGCCGCACACAAGCCUAAGAUCACCAUGCGCAAUGCCAAGCGUCGGCUGGAGUGCUGUAAAGCUCGCAGCAAUUGGACUCUGGAGCAGUGGAAACACGUUCUCUGGAUUGAUGAAUCACGUGUCACCAUCUGGCAGUCCAAUGGAUGAAUCUGGGUUUGGCGGAUGCCAGGAGAACGCUACCUGCCCAAUGCAUAGUGCCAACUGUAAAGGUGGAGGAGGAAUAAUGGUCUGGUGCUGUUUUUCAUGGUUUGGGCUAGGGCCCUUAGUUCCAGUAAAAGGAAAUCUUAACACUACAGCAUACAAUGACAUUCUAGAUGAUUCUGUGCUUCCAACUUUGUGGCAACAGUUUGGGAACGCCCUUUCUUGUUUCAGCAUGACCAUGCCCCCUGUGCACAAAGUGAGGUCCAUACAGAAAUGGUUUGUCGAGAUUGGUGUGGAAGAACUUGACUGGCCUGCACAGAGCCCUGAUCUCAACCCCAUCGAACGCCAAUUAUGAGCCAGGCCUAAUUGCCCGACAUCAGUGCCCGACCUCACUAAUGCUCUUGUGGCUGAAUGGAAGCAAGUCCCCGCAGCAAUGUUCCAACAUCUAGUGGAAAGCCUUCCCAGAAGAGUGGAGGCUGUUAUAGCAGCAAAGAGGGGACCAACUCCAGGUGCAGGUGUCCACAUACUUUUGGUCAUGUAGGCCAGGCAGCAGGCUGACGUCCCAGUGUCCCCCCCCCACUCCAGGAGCUGUAUGAUGCAGGCUGACUCUGAGAAGUUGAGGCAGGCCUGGAUCAAAGCUGUCCAGAACAGCAUUGCCACUGCCUUCAGGGAGCAGGGAGAGGACGCUGAGGUGAGUCACCACACACUAGCAUAACUAAUGACCUCAAUACAUUUCUCCAUGUUAUUUAUUGCUAUUUGUUUCCAUUUUGUCAAUGUCAGGAUGAAAAUAAUCAGACGUACCUCUUAGACAAAAGAUGUGAACAAAAAUAAAGGAUUUCCCUCUAGUGUGUGUGUGUGUGUGUGUGUGUGUAGUCGGUUGGUCUAUACCAAUAGACAACGAAGUAUCGUUCUUCUUCUAGUGUUGUAUCUUGUGUAUAACCUCAUGUUCAUGGCCCUCCAUGCCAGAAGCUGGACCGGAAGUCUUCCACGUCCACAGGCAGCCUGGACUCGGGCGGCGAGCCCAAAGAGAGGUCACUGAAGGGGGAGAGCGCCCUCCAGAGGGUCAUAGUCAUUGGGGGCAACGCCUGCUGCUGUGACUGUGGCCAGCCUGACCCACGCUGGGCCAGCAUCAACCUGGGCAUCACCCUCUGCAUCCAGUGCUCUGGGAUACACAGGUAUACUACAUACUGAAGUACUGGUACUACACUGAACAAAAAUAUCAAACGCAACAUGUAAAGUAUUGGUCACAUGUUUCAUGAGCUGCAUUAAAAAAUCCCUGAUAUUUUCCAUACGCACAAAAAUCUUAUUUCUCUCAAAUGUUGUGCACACAUUUGUUUACAUCCCUGUUAGUGAGCAUUUCUCCUUUGCCAAGAUAAUCCAUCCACCUGACAGGUGUGGCAUAUCAAGAAGCUGAUUAAAUUGCAUGAUCAUUACACAGGUGCACCUUGUGCUGGGGACAAUAAAAGGCCACUUUAAAAUGUGUGGUUUUGUCACACAACACAAUGCCACAGAUGUCUCAAGUUUUGAGGGGAGCGUGCAAUUGGCAUGCUGACUGCAGGAAUGUCCAUCAGAGCAGUUGCCAGAGAAUGUAAUGUUCAGUUCUCUACCAUAAGCUGCAUCCAGUGUCUUUUUAGAGAAUUUGGCAUUACGUCCAACCGGCCUCACAACCGCAGACCAUGUGUAACCACGCCAGCCCAGGACCUCCACAUCCAGCUUCUUCACCUGCGGGAUUGUCUGAGGGGGGGGGGGGGGGGGUGCUGCUGAGGAGUAUUUCUGUCUGUAAUAAAGCCCUUUUGUGUGGAAAAACUAAUUCUGAUUGGUUGGGCCUGGCUCCCCAGUGGUUGGCUAUGGCUCCUCCCAGCCCCACCCAUGGCUCCACCCCUGCCCAGUCAUGUGAAAUCCAUAGAUAAGGGCCUAAUGAAUUUAUUUAAAUUGACUGAUUUCCUUAUGAACUGUAGCUCAGUAAAGUCUUUGAAAUUGUUUGCGUUUUUAUAUUUUUGUUCAGUGUGUGUAUAUAUAUAUAUCACCCUCUGCAUCCAGUGCUCCGGGGAUACACAGUACAUUCCUAUCACUGCAGAUACUACACAUCAAGGUACUACUGACUUCAUAUGUAUUCAUAGGCGUCAAACCCCAAUUACUUUUAUUAGGCUACUAGCCACUUAGCCAUUUUAUGAAGAUGGCUUUAGCUAGCCCAGAUAGGUUCCCAGCCUCAUAUCUAGCUACCCAGGAGCCAUUUCAGGCUAUCGAUCACGUUCGAGUCGCAAGCUUGUCUAACUAUCUUAGCUGGCAUGCAUGCUGGCAUGAUUGGUAAGACUUUAGAAAAGCAAGCAACAACUAAAUGUACUGAAUAAGGCUCACAUUCCUUUCAAUAUUUUACCCGGAUUUUAGCAGAGAAGCAGAGAAGCAUAUUUAGUUUCUUUAAACAAAGAACCACCAGUCAGGAGGAUACAGAGAGCUAAAGAGGUGUGCUUAGAUAUGCAGAAAAAAUAUACAUAUUUUUUUUUACAUAGAAUUAAGCGUAAUGAUUAUGGCUGUAGAUUGCAGGAAAAAGCUGUUUCGGGUGUUUGAAAAAUGCAAAAUUCUCCAACGUACGGAUGGUGGGCCACCCCCCCCCAAGCCAUCCUCACGUACUUUGUACCCCCUCAGAUUUUGGGGGUGCGUGACGCCCCUGUAUGUCUUCAAGGUAUAACACCGAAGUACUUUACCAAUAUUGCACCUUCUUUCUAUGUGACACACUGAGAUUAAUCCAAAGUGUUAUCUUAACAUGGUAACAUAAAGCUGCUGUACAACAAGAUACUGGACAGAAUGGUCCUGUACAACAACAUACUGGACAGACUGGUGCUAUACUGGACAGACUGGUGCUGUACAACAAGAUACUGGACAGACUGGUCCUAUACAACAAGAUACUGGACAGAAUGGUCCUAUACUGGACAGACUGGUACUGUACAACAAGAUACUGGACAGAAUGGUCCUAUACUGGACAGACUGGUGCUGUACAACAAGAUACUGGACAGAAUGGUGCUGUACAACAAGAUACUGGACAGAAUGGUCCUAUACUGGACAGACUGGUGCUGUACAACAACAUACUGGACAGAAUGGUUCUGUACAACAAGAUACUGGACAGAAUGGUGCUAUACAACACGAUACUGGACAGACUGGUGCUAUACUGGACAGACUGGUACUAUACAACAAGAUACUGGACAGAAUGGUGCUGUACAACAACAUUUUUAAUAGAUGGGAAUAAAACAAAAAUCAAAGGCUCAGUAAAUCUGUCCCCAAGUGCAUUUUUGACUGUUUACUUUCUGUUACUAACUGCAUACUCCCACCUUCUGGCCACACUACAAACUACACCCUCGGUUGAACAGCAUGUUCCUGUGAUUAAAAUGUUAUUUUUUUAGACAAUCUCUUUGAUGUAUGGGUUGAUAAGACUCUCCCACCAUCUGCAGGAGUCUGGGGGUCCAUUUCUCCAAAGUGCGCUCGCUCACCCUGGACUCCUGGGAACCGGAACUACUCAAGGUGAGAGGAGGGAGGGGCAGAGGAGGGAGGGAGAGGGAGGGGAAAGGAGGGAGGGAGGGGCGGAGGGAGGGGCAGAGGGAUGGGAAAGCAGGGAGGGAGGGGGAAGGAGGGAGGGGCAGAAGAGGGAGGGGCAGAGGAGAGAAGAGGGAGGGAGGGGCAGGGGAGAGAAGAGGGAGGGAGGGGCAGGGGAGAGAAGAGGGAGGGGGAAGGAGGGAGGGGAAGGAGGGAGGGGCAGAAGAGGAGGGGCAGAGGAGAGAAGAGGGAGGGAGGGGCAGGGGAGAGAAGAGGGAGGGAGGGGCAGGGGAGAGAAGAGGGAGGGGGCCGGGGCAGAGCAAGAGGGGAGGCGGCAGACCCAGCAGAAACCGAGAAGGGAAGGGGGUCAGGGAGUGGGCAGAGGAGGAACAGAGGAGGGAGAAGGAGCCAGAGAGGGAGGGGGCAGAGGAAGAGACGAGGGAAGGGCAGAGAGAGAGGGGUCAUGGGAAGGAGGGAGGGAGGGGGAGUGGAGGGAGGGGACCAUGAGGGGGGAGGGGGGGCAGAGAGGAGAGGGGGAGGGAGGAGAAGGGAGGGAGGGGCCAGAGGGGGAGGGAGGGGUAGAGCGAGGGGAGGGGAGGAGAGCAGGGAGAGGGGAGGGAGGGGUAGAGCGAGGAGAGGGGAGGGGAGGGGUAGAGCGAGGAGAGAGGGGAGGGAGGGGUAGAGUAGAGGAGGAGGGGGGAGGGGUAGAGCGAGUCCUUCUUGGGGGCGAGGAGGAGCGGGGGGGAGGGGCGAGGAGAGGGGGGGGCGGGCGAGGGGAGGGGGGGGGGAUGGGGGCAGGGAGGAGGGGGGAGGGGUAGAGCGAGGAGAGGGGAGGGGAGGGGUAGAGCGAGGAGAGGGGGGAGGGAGGGGCGAGGGCAGGGGAGGGGUGGGGAGGGGCAGAGCGAGGGGGGAGGGGCAGAGCGGGGGGGGGGGAGGAGAGAAAGGAUAAGGGAGGGAAAGGGAGGGGACAGAAAGAGAGAGGUAGGAGACUUUCACGCUCACAUACUCCCUCUCUUGCAUUCACUAGUGACAGAUCAAUGCGAAAAUGUAAUGGUUACAGAUUACAGCUGUCUUUAAUGUCAAGAAUUUACAUGAAUGACAUGCUGUCCUCAGAGUGUGCUGGUUAAUUUAGUCAUAGUAACAUUAUUGUGUGUGUGGUGUGUUGUACACAGCUGAUGUGUGAGCUGGGUAAUGGGGUCAUCAACCAGAUCUACGAGGCUCGGAGAGAGGAGCUGGGAGCCAGGAAGCCAAAGCCGGCAGACCCUAGGUACUACCUCCAUGUUCUACCUCCAUGUUCUAUAGCUACCGCUAUGUUUAGCUACCUCCAUGUUUUAUAGCUACCACUAUGUUUAGCUACCUCCAUGUUUUAUAGCUACCACCAUGUUUUAUAGCUACCUCCAUGUUUUAUAGCUACCUCCAUGUUUUAUAGCUACCGCUAUGUUUAGCUACCUCCAUGUUUUAUAGCUACCUCCAUGUUUUAUAGCUACCUCCAUGUUUUAUAGCUACCUCCAUGUUUUAUAGCUACCUAUGUUUUAUAGCUACCGCCAUGUUUUAUAGCUACCACCAUGUUUUAUAGCUACCACCAUGUUUUAUAGCUACCACCAUGUUUUAUAGCUACCACCAUGUUUUAUAGCUACCGCCAUGUUUUAUAGCUACUACCAUAGCUACCUCCAUGUUUUAUAGCUACCUCCAUGUUUUAUAGCUACCACCAUGUUUUAUAGCUACCACCAUGUUUUAUAGCUACCACCAUGUUUUAUAGCUACCACCAUGUUUUAUAGCUACCACCAUGUUUAUAGUACCAUCCAUGUUUAUAGCUACCUCAUUGUUUAUAGCUACCGCCAUGUUUUAUAGCUACCAGCCAUGUUUUAUAGCUACUCACAUGUUUUUAUAGCUACCUCCAUGUUUAUAGCUACCUCCAUGUUUUAUAGCUACCUCCAUGUUUUAUAGCUACCUCCAUGUUUUAUAGCUACCACCAUGUUUUAUAGGAACCUCCAUGUUUUAUAGCUACCGACAUGUUUAUAGCUACCACCAUGUUUUAUAGCUACCACCAUGUUUUAGCUACCUCCAUGUUUUAUAGCUACCUCCAUGUUUUAUAGCUACCUCCAUGUUUUAUAGCUACCUCCAUGUUUUAUAGCUACCGCCAUGUUUUAUAGCUACCGCCAUGUUUUAUAGCUACCUCUAUGUUUUAUAGCUACCUCUAUGUUUUAUAGCUACCACCAUGUUUUAUAGCUACCACCAUGUUUUAUAGCGACCUACAUGUUUUAUAGCUACCUCCAUGUUUUAUAGCUACCACCAUGUUUUAUAGCUACCUCCAUGUUUUAUAGCUACCACCAUGUUUUAUAGCUACCACCAUGUUUAGCUACCUCCAUGUUUUAUAGCUACCUCUAUGUUUUAUAGCUACCUCCAUGUUUUAUAGCUACCUCUAUGUUUUAUAGCUACCUCCAUAUUUUAUAGCUACCACCAUGUUUUAUAGCUACCACCAUGUUUUAUAGCGACCUACAUGUUUUAUAGCUACCUCUGUUUUAUAGCUACCUCCAUGUUUUAUAGCUACCGCUAUGUUUUAUAGCUACCACCAUGUUUUAUAGCUACCACCAUGUUUAGCUACCACCAUGUUUAGCUACCACCAUGUUUUAUAGUCUCCUGAGUGGUGCAGUGGUCUAAGGCACUGCAUCGCAGUGCUAACUGUGCCACUAGAUCCUGGUUCGAAUUCAGGCUCUGUCGCAGCCGGCCGUGACCGGGAGACUCAUGGGCGGCGCAGCGCUGUCUCAAUUGGCCCAGCGUUGUCCAGGGUAGGGGAGGGAAUGGCCGGCAGGGAUGUAGCUCAGUUGAUAGAGCAUGGCGUUUGCAACGCCAGGGUUGUGGGUUCGAUUCCCACGGGGGGCCAGUAUUAAAAAAAUAUGUAUUCACUAACUGUAAGUCGGUUGGAUUCCUCCAUGAACCUCAUCAAAUAAAUACAGUGCAUAUUUUAACAGCUAUUCGAUUGUGAUCAAAGUGUCUGCGAAAUGACUUUCUUUUUUGAUUUCUAUUAAAUAAAUAAAGGGUAGUUCCAUACAAGUGGUACUACAGCAUGUGUGCAAUAGGAUUGCUCAAAGAUUGCCAUCUUUGCUUGGGUUGCCAGAUUGGUUUAAUUUGUUGAAUUAGAUCUCAAUUUUGCUUGCUGUCUUUGCCUGAUUUGUUCAGGUAAUUGAAUUCCGUCUUCCUCUCUCUCGGUGUGUCUUUCCCCAGGCAGGAGAUCGAAGCCUACAUCAGGGCCAAGUACGUGGACCGGCGUUUCGUGCAGCGCCUGUCCAAUGAAGAGUUGCGCUCCAAGGUGGUAUCACUGUCCAAGCAGGAGAAGAGGCUGAGCAGCAGCACGGAACACCUGCCCCCCCGGCCGCCCCCGUCCACGCCCAAACUCCGUCCCGCCUCCAACGCCUCAGGUCAGUCCGGUAGGUGUGAACCCGUCCCAGAUCCAGUUUCUUGAAGGUGCGCUCUGGAGCUCUUCCUCCUCUGUUUGGUAGUAUUACGAAUGAAUGUACACUGUGUAGGCUAACUAUACAUAAACAUGGUUCUAACCAUGCAAAUUCACCAAAAAUGCCAAUCAUAGCGCCUGUUCCUGUUCCGUUUUGAUUUUACACUUGCACAAAAAACCUCCCACUCAGUCCUUCAAAACAAACAAGCAGUAGGGCCUGUUACUGUUGACCAGGAAUACAGUACAAGCUACGGAGAGUGCCUUUUUUAAAACAGAAUUGCGCUACUGCUCAGGACACACAACGGAAGGCACCCUCUCUCUCCCAUCUUCUCUCUCGCUUUGUCUCUCUCUUUUCGUUGUAGCCUAGCCUGUAGUCUAACAGCUGUGCUCCUCUCCUCUCCUCUCCUCUCCUCUCCUCUCCUCUCCUCUCCUCUCCUCUCCUCUCCUCUCCUCUCCAUCCCCCUCUUCUCCACCCUCCUCCGGCUGCUUUGUGCUUCUGGACUAACCCCAUUCCCCUCGCUGCUUUUUAUUCCUUCCUACCCCUCCAUCUCGUGCCCUUUGCUCUCUGACCCCAUCCACUGCCCUUGCCUAGCUGCAGCCAAGGGCUUGGAGGCGCGCCGCGACUCUCUCUUCUGUCCCGACGAGCUUGACUCGCUCUUCUUCUACUUUGACACCUCUGCCAAGCUCAGGAGCAGUAAGUAUAGCUCUGUGUGUUUUGCUCUCCACCUCCUUUCCUCCCUCCCUCCUUCCCUCCUCCUGUCCUUCCCUCCUUCCCUCCAUCCAUCUGUACUCACCGCUCUGGCUGUAGACUAAUACCCAUUCCACACCCCUCAUCUUGCAACAUGAGCCGUGCCGUCAUGUUGAGGGUGUCGGUGCGGAGCGUACCAUGUGUUCCUCUCAGGUGACUCAUCACGUGGUUGUGGUCAGUGUCUUGUCUAUGGGUUUCAUCUGUCUUAUUGUGGCUGUGGGGUCAGCUGGGUGGUGCGGUGACUAACCACUUGGUUGAAGUUGGUGAAUGUGUGUGCGCUGGUGUGUAGUGACUGAGGGAUUGACUGUUUGGUCCCCCGCAGUAAGAAGUGCAGACAGUGGUAUCCAGAACAGUGCUGAUGGGAGUAGAGAGAUGCUGGCCAAGAACCCCUCCACCAACAACCUGGCUGAAGCAGGUGAUUCACUCUCACUCACUCACUCACUCACUCACUCACUCACUCACUCACUCACUCACUCACUCACUCACUCACUCACUCACUCACUCACUCACUCACUCACUCACUCACUCACUCACACACACACACACACACACACACACACACACACACACACACACUAGGGCUGUGAUGACAUUUUGGAUGAUUGUUAUUGGUCAGCCAAAUGAUUGCAUUCACUGUUAUAAUCGUUUUAAUAGCGCACAAAAAAUACUUAAAAUAACAACAAAAUAUUAAACGGUUUUGAUCCAUAAUCGUCAGUUACACGAUUAUACAGUAAUUGUGCCAGCCCUAACACGCCCACACACACGCACCCAAUGAGUCUCACUCCUAUCCAGCUUAUAUUCAAAUAAAGUUAUUCAAUAACCCCACACACGAGAACGCAUUGAAACUACAACUACCUUACUUCAAUUCCUAUAUUUAGAUAUCCACCGGAUUGCCCCCCCUCUCUCCCUCCACCCAGAAGCUGCCGAGGCGCCCCCCAUGGCCAUGCCUGCCACCCUGCCCCCUCCAUCGCCCUGUAAGGAGCUGGUGGUGUUCACGGAGCCCAAGGAGUACUCCCCGGGGCUGCAGCUGUACUGGGCCUCGCGUGCCCGCAGCCUGCCCGACAUGGCCGAGGCCCUGGCGCACGGAGCAGAGGUCAACUGGGUCAACACCGACGAUGACAAGAGGACCCCGCUCAUCAUGGCUGUGCAGGGGGUGAGGAUACUUGAGUGUUGUGGACAGGCUUGGGGAGUGUGUGUGUGGAUUUGGUCGUGUGUGUGUGUGGAUUUGGUCGUGUGUGUGUGUGGAUUUGGUCGUGUGUGUGUGUGGAUUUGGUCGUGUGUGUGUGUGUGUGGAUUUGGUCGUGUGUGUGUGUGUGUGUGGAUUUGGUCGUGUGUGUGUGUGGAUUUGGUCGUGUGUGUGUGUGGAUUUGGUCGUGUGUGUGUGUGUGGAUCUGGUCGUGUGUGUGUGUUAAAUGGACUGUUCCUUUUCUAUUCUUCCAGGGCUCGUUGGUGACCUGUGAGUUCCUGCUCCAGAACGCAGGAAACGUGAACCAGCAGGACGCACUGGGCCGAGGACCCCUCCACCAUGCCACCAUCCUGGGACACACCGGGUCCGUCCGUCCCCCACACACACCAUCUACCACAACCUCCGAUCUGUCGUUUAACAGGCCCGUUAAAGACCCCAUGACCACGACUGCUCUCAUAGAUAAGACAUUAGAGGCCUGUAGUAAAGCAACUGUAGCAUAUAGACGAUCUCACCUGGCUUAGUAAUACACGCCAGACUGUUCUGGUUUAGAUUAAAGCCUUUAUGGCAAGCCUCGGCUAAGCCUUUUUGUAAAUUAUAUUUCAUCGUAAUAGACGAGGGUAGUAUUUGAGGUUAAUUAGUGUUUGAGGUUAAUUGUGGUAACCCAAGUUGACAAAGGGGAACUUAGUCUAUGAUCUUAGUUCAUGUUAGGGUAUUACAAUUGAUUGUUUCCUUUUUUAUUUUUUUUCUCUCCAAUUCAGUCAAGUGUGUUUAUUCCUGAAAAGAGGAGCCAAUCAGAAUGCGGCAGACAUUGAAGCGAAAACGCCCCUAUCCAUGGCGGUGGACGCAGCCAACGCAGACAUAGUCACAUUGUGAGUGCAAAGCCGUUUGGCCUUUUCUGAAUAUAAUAUACUGAACAAAAAUAUAAACGCAACAUGUGAAGUGUUGGUCCGAUGUUUCAUGAGCUGAAAUAAAAGAUCCCAUACAUGUUCCAUACGCACAAAAAGCUUAUUUCUCUCAAUCUGUGCACCAAUUUGUUUACAUCCCUGUUAGUGAGCAUUUUUCCUUUGCCAAGAUAAUCCAUCCACCAGACAUGUGUGGCAUAUCAAGAAGCUGAUUAUACAGCAUGAUCAUUACACAGGUGCACCUUGUACUGGGGACAAUAAAAGGCCAUUAAAAUGUGCAGUUGUGUCACACAACACAUUGCCACAGAUGUCAAGUUUUGAGGGAGCGUGCAAUUGGCAUGCUGACUGCAGGAAUGCCCACCAGAGCUGUUGCCAGAGAAUGAAUGUUCAUUUCUCUACCAUAAGCCGCCUCCAACAUUGAAUUUGGCAUUACGUCCAACCGGCCUCAAAACCGCAGACCACGUACGUGUAUGGCACCGUGUGGGCGAGCGGUUUGCUGAUGUCAAUGUUGUGAACAGAGUGCCCCAUGGUGGCGGUGGGGUUAUGGUAUGGGCAGGCAUAAGCUAUGGACAACGAACUCAAUUGUAUUUUAUCAAUGACAAUUUGAAUACACAGAGAUACCGUGAUGAGAUCCUGAGGCCCAUUGUCGUGCCAUUCAUCCAACGCCAUCACCUCAAGUUUCAUGUUUCUGCAUGUAUUGUUGUGAAUUGUUCGAUAUUACUGCACUGUUGGAGCUAGGAACACAAGCGUUUCGCUACACCCGCAAUAACAUCUGCUAAAUAUGUGUAUGCGACCAAUAACAUUUGAUUUGAUUAUAUGAUUUGAUGAUAAUGCACGGCCCCAUGUCGCAAGGAUCUGUACACAAUUCCUGGAAGCUGAAAAUGUCCCAGUUCUUCCAUUGCCUGCAUACUCACCAGACAUGUCACCCAUUGAGCAUGUUUGGGAUGCUCUGGAUAUAUGUGUAUGACAGCGUUUUCCAGUUCCCGCCAAUAUCCAGCAACUUCGCACAGCCAUUGAGGAGGAGUGGGACAACAUUCCACAGGCCACAAUCAACAGCCUGAUCAACUCUAUGCAAAGGAGAUGUCAAGCCAGUAUGAAAAUGUAUGCACUCACUAACUGUAAGUCGCUCUGGAUAAGAGCGUCUGCUAAAUGACUAAAAUGUAAAUGGAAUGUGUCGCGCUGCAUGAGGCAAAUGGUGGUCUCACCAUUUUCUGAUCCAUGCCCCUACAAUUUUUUAAAAGAUAUCUGUGACUAACAGAUGCAUAUCUGUAUUCCCAGUCAUGUGAAAUCCAUAGAUUAGUGCCUAAUGAAUUUAUUUAAAUUGACUGAUUUCCUUAUAUGAACUGUAACUCAGUAAAAUCUUUGAAAUUGUUGCAUGUUGGUUUAUAUUUUUGUUCAGUAUACAGAAAUAAUAGAUACAUAAAGUGCAUUUACUUUUUAUGGUAAAACAAUUUGCCUUAUAUUUGUCAAUUGAUCUCAAAUUCAAAAUGGUGGAGUAUUGAGGCAACAUUUUAUUUUACCUUACAACGUCCCAAUUCAUGUUUUGGGGUACUUUUUACCCCUUUUUCUCCCCAAUUUCGUGAUAUCCAAUUGGUAGUUACAGUCUUGUCCCAUCGCUGCAACUCCCGUACGGACUCGGGAGAGGCGAAGGUCGAGAGCCAUGCGUCCUCCGAAACACGACCCUGCCAAGCCGCACUGCUUCUUGACACACUGCUCGUUUAACCCGGAAGCCAGCCGCACCAAUGUGUCGGAGGAAACACCGUACAACUGGCGACCAAAGUCGGCCAAACCCUCCCCUAACCCGGACGACGCUGGGCCAAUUGUGCGCCGCCUCAUGGGUCUCCCGGUCGCGGCCGGCUGCGACCACAGCCUGGGAUCGAACCCGGGUCUACAGUGACACCUCUCGGGAGGCCCUGCUUCUAUAUGUCGAAAGGUGGGUUGGAUAAAGAUGACUAAAUGAAUGUCUCCCCGCUCUCCUUUCCCAGACUGCGAUUGGCCAAGAUGAACGAGGAGAUGCGGGAGGCGGAGGGGCCCUACAUGCAGUCAGGUCAAUAUUCUACCAACAGCCCCACAGAGAUGCAAUACAGGAAGUGCAUGCAGGAGUUCAUUUGCCUGCAGCUGGCUGAGCCUUAGAGAUCAUAGAGCCCCAAUACACAGACAGGAGAAGCAACAUACCUUUAUUAAGCAGGCAUUUGGCCCUGCGAUGUCCUGUGUUGUUCAAUACCCACUUUAUUAAGCAGGCAUUUGGCCCUGCGAUGUCCUGUGUUGUUCAAUACCCACUUUAUUAAGCAGGCAUUUGGCCCUGCGAUGUCCUGUGUUCAAUAUCAGCCAGGUGGUGAGCGAAGCUGCAUUUUGUGUUUAGAGAGAGGUGCUAGACUUUUAUUUAUGUGACCAACCGGGGUCAAAGACAGCCGUAGAGCCAUUGUUUUGACUAUUGAACAGCUGUGACAUAAACAGUCGCUGGUCCUCUGAAGUCAUGGCUGUUGUUUCGUCUGUUCCGACUUUUGUCUUUUCCAACUUUCAAACAAUAGCCACGUCUUUAUUAGCUGUGAUGUCGAAGAGCGCUUGCAACAGAGGUUGUCAUUAUAUCGAACAGCAAUGGUACGUCAGUCUUGACUAACAGGCAGUAAUCCUGACUUUGGAAUGCCAGUUUUCACCAUCAGGCUGUUGAGUGGCUAGCCGUGUGUUGCCAUGCACCAGGUGUGAUGAGUAGUGAUUAUUUACCUGAGGGAAUAUUUAUGCACAUUCCUGGGAUGCUUAUGCAAUAUUUCAGUGUGUUACAUGUUUGGUUUCCACAGUGAGUCUUCACCUCCCCCUUUUUAAAAUACCUUUUCUUCCUCUCUUGUUUGAACUGUUUACCGUUACAAUGAUGAAGUAUCAAUCUUGGUACAUGUUAUGUAGGCAUUUUACUUUUGUGGGGGAAGACAUAUUUUUGAAAACAGUUGCUUUUUUAAAAAUAACAAUUGGAACCAUAUAAUCGUAAGAUGUCAUUGUAAAUGAUGUGUUGUACAUAAAUAUACAUACAUUUCUAUAUCAUAUACAGUAUAAGCAGAAUAGGAAGUAAAGUUGAGGGAGAUUCUCUGAAGGCGUAAGGCGACUGUGCUUGCAUCCUUGUCUUUGUGUGUUUCUGUAUUGUGUUGUAUUUUCUACACCUGUUUUUAAGAGUAUUAAGCUUUGAUUGAUUGUUAGUCUACCUGGCUACGAUAUAGAACAUUUACCCCCUCUGGGAAUCCUGUUCUUUGUCUGACAUUUGACAUUGAGACCACCCUUAAAGGGAUACUUCUGAGACCACCCUUAAAGGGAUACUUUGGGAUUUUAGCAGAGGCCCAUUAUCUACUUCCAGAGUCAGAUGAACUUGUGGACACCAUUUUUUAUGUCUCUGUGUCCAGUAUGAAGGAAGUUGGGAGGUAGUUUUGCAAGCCAAUGCUUACUAGCGUUAGUGCAAUGACUGGAAGUCUAUGGUUAUCUGCUAGCAUGCGAAGUAUUCCUUUUAAUGUUAGCUGAGACUGGUAAGGGUGUGAAUUUUAAGUUUAGACAAGGGAUAUCAAGGUGGUAGAGGGUACCAAAAAGGAAGGACAAUAGUAUAGAAAAGUAUCUACAGCAUUUUACCACAUAGUUAUAUAAUUAACUUAAACCUAUUGGAUAAAAAAAAAAAAAAAAGAAGACUUUCUCUAAGAAUGUGAAUAUAGGACAGCGUGAAGCUCACUCAAGUAUUGUUGGUAAAUAAUGAAUGAAAUGUACCCCUCUUCAUCCUUUAUGCUUUCAUCUUCUCCAUCGCGCAGUCUGUGCCCCUGGAAAUGCGCCUGGGCCUGAUGGGUAAUUUAAAUGGGCACAAAAAGCACUUUUUAUAGUUACUGACGUAUCAAAGCUGUUUCUAGAAGUCCAUACAAGCCAAGAUGCCCCCUAGUGCUUCCUGGGUAUCGGUGUUACAUGACACUGGCUAUGUGGCCAAAGGGGAUGGAUAUCAGCUGAAAGAGAACACGCUGGCCCAAUCCCAAAUCGACCCCUACACCCUGUGCACUUGUGAAGAUCUGAGAGGAUUUGAUUGGUGUAAGCAAUAUGCUAAACAUAGGAUUUGGGAUUGGGCCAGAGACUCCAUGUCUCCAGUUAGCCAUCUUACUGUAUGUUGAGCCAGUUGGACAGUUCAGAGGCAAGACAUUGGUUGUUCAUAUUAUGUCAAUGGUGAUGGACCAUGGAGACCAGCCAAUGGUGAUGCACGGAGGAGAUUUGGAUAUCAGUUUAAAUAUAGAGAUUUUAAUGAUUGACGAAUAGUGCUGUUCCUGAAAAGUCUUGUCUAAGGCUAGUUUGUAAUAGGUCUGACAGGGUGAGGAAACAACUAGUUUAUAGUGGGUCUGACAGGGUGAGGAAACAACUAGUUUAUAGUGGGUCUGACAGGGUGAGGAAACAACUAGUUUAUAGCGGGUCUGACAGGGUGAGGAAACAACUAGUUUAUAGUGGGUCUGACAGGGUGAGGAAACAACUAGUUUAUAGCGGGUCUGACAGGGUGAGGAAACAACUAGUUUAUAGUGGGUCUGACAGUGAGGAAACAACUAGUUUAUAGUGGGUCUGACAGUGAGGAAACAACUAGUUUAUAGUGGGUCUGACAGGGUGAGGAAACAACUAGUUUAUAGUGGGUCUGACAGGGUGAGGAAACAACUAGUUUAUAGUGGGUCUGACAGUGAGGAAACAACUAGUUUAUAGUGGGUCUGACAGUGAGGAAACAACUAGUUUAUAGUGGGUCUGACAGUGAGGAAACAACUAGUUUAUAGUGGGUCUGAUAGGGUGAGGAAACAACUAGUUUAUAGCGGGUCUGACAGGGUGAGGAAACAACUAGUUUGUAGUCGGUCUGAUAGGGUGGAGGGAAACAACUAGUUUGUAGUGGGGUCUGACAGUGAGGGAAACAACUAGUUUAUAGUGGGUCUGACAGGGUGAGGAAACAACUAGUUUUAUAGUGGGUCUGACAGUGAGGAAACAACUAGUUUAUAGUGGGUCUGACAGUGAGGAAACAACUAGUUUAUAGUGGGUCUGACAGGGUGAGGAGGAAACAACUAGUUUAUAGUGGGUCUGACAGGGUGAGGAAACAACUAGUUUAUAGCGGGUCUGACAGGGUGAGGAAACAACUAGUUUAUAGUGGGUCUGACAGUGAGGAAACAACUAGUUUAUAGUGGGUCUGACAGUGAGAAACAACUAGUUUAUAGUGGUCUGACAGUGAGGAACAACUAGUUUAUAGUGGGUCUGACAGGGUGAGGAAACAACUAGUUUAUAGCGGGUCUGACAGGGUGAGGAAACAACUAGUUAUAGUGGGUCUGACAGUGAGGAAAACAACUAGUUUAUAGUGGGUCUGACAGUGAGGAAACAACUAGUUUAUAGUGGGUCUGACAGUGAGGAAACACUAGUUUAUAGCGGGUCUGACAGGGUGAGGAAACAACUAGUUUGUAGUGGGUCUGAUAUAGGGGAGGAAACAACUAGUUUGUAGUGGGUUGACAGUGAGGAAACAACUAGUUAUUAGUGGGUCUGGACAGGGUGAGGAAACAACUAAUUUAUAGUGGGUCUGACAGGGUGAGAGAAACAACUAGUUUAUAGUGGGUCUGACAGUGAGGAAACAACUAGUUUAUAGUGGGUCUGACGUGAGAAACAACUAGUUUAUAGGUGGUCUGACAGUGAGGAAACAACUAGUUUAUAGUGGGUCUGACAGUGAGGAAACAACUAGUUUAUAGCGGGUCUGACAGGGUGAGGAAACAACUAGUUUGUAGUGGGUCUGAUAGGGUGAGGAAACAACUAGUUUGUAGUGGGUCUGACAGUGAGGAAACAACUAGUUUAUAGUGGGUCUGACAGGGUGAGGAAACAACUAGUUUAUAGUGGGUCUGACAGUGAGGAAACAACUAGUUUAUGUGGGUCUGACAGUGAGGAAACAACUAGUUUAUAGUGGGUCUGACAGUGAGGAAACAACUAGUUUAUAGUGUGGUCUGACAGGGUGAGGAAAAACUAGUUUAUAGCGGGUCUGACAGGGUAGAGGAAACAACUAGUUUAUAGUGGGUCUGACAGUGAGGAAACAACUAGUUUAUAGUGGGUCUGGACAGUGAGAGGAAACAACUAGUUUAUAGUGGGUCUGACAGUGAGGAAACAACUAGUUUAUAGCGGGUCUGACAGGGUGAGGAAACAACUAGUUUGUAGGGGGUCUACAGGGUGAGGAAACAACUAGUUUAUAGUGGGUCUGACAGUGAGGAAACAACUAGUUUAUAGUGGGUCUGCCCAUUGAGGAAACACUUGUUUAUAGGGUCUGACAGGGUGAGGAAACAUAUUUAUAGUGGGUCUGACAGGUAGUGAAACAACUUUUUAGUAAGUCUGACAGAUGAGGAAACACUAGUUUAUAUGGUCUGACAGUGAGGAACAACUAGUUUAUGUGGUCUGUACAGAGAGGAAACAACAGUUUUUAGUGGGUCUGAUAGGUAUAACAACGGAGUUUAAGCGGGUCUGACAGGGAGGAAACAACUAGUUUGUAGUCGGUAAGGCGAUAGGUGAGAACACUAGUUUGUAGUGGGUUCUGACAUUGGGAACACUAGUUAUAUGGGUCUGACAGGUGUAGAAACAACUAGUUUGAUGUUGGGUCUGACAGUGAGGAACAACUAGUUAUAGGUCUGACGGAGGAACAACUAUUUAUCCCGGUCUGACAGGUGGAACAACUAGUUUUAGUGUCUGACAGGAAUGAGAAACAACCUUUAUAGGGUCUGACGGGUGAGGAACAACUAGUUGAUAGUGGGUCUUGACAUGAGGAAACACUAGUUAUAUGGGUCGACAUGAGGAAACAACUAUUUAUAGUGGUCUACAGUGGAACACUAGUUUAUAGUGGAGUCGACAGGGUGAGGAAACAAUGUUUAUAGCGUUAGUGCAGGGUGAGGAAAACUAGGUUUAUCUGGGUCUGACAGUGACGAAACACUAUUUAAGUGGUCUGACAGUGAGGAACAAUGUUUAUAUGGGUUACGUGGGAACAACUAGUUUAUGCAAGGUCUGACAAGGUGGUAGAGGAACCAACUAGUUGUAGUGGGUCUGAUAGGUGAGGAACAACAGUAUUGUAGAUGGGUCCUGACAGUGAGUAAACAACUAUUAAUAGUGGUCACAGGGUGAGAAACAAAAAAAACUUUUUAAGUGUGAAUCUGACAGGGUGAGGACACAACUAUGUUGUAUAGUGGUUGACAGGAGGAACAACUUAGUUUAUAGUGGUUACAGUGAGAAACAAUAGUUUCAUCGGGUCUGCCCCUGAGGAAAGCAACUGUUAUAGUGGUCUGACAGUGAGGAAACACUAUUUUAAUGGGCGACAGGUAGGAAACACACUUUUAUAGCGGUUGACAGGGUGAGUAACAAAGUUUGUUGGUCUGAAGGCAGAAACCACAGUUGUAGUGGUCUGACAGUGGGUACACACUAGUUUAUGUGGUCGACAGGGGAGGAAACAACUAGUAUCUAGUGGCCGUCCCAUCGCCCCUACACCCUGUGCAUGGGAAAACUAGGUUUAUAGUGGUCUGACAUGAGGAAACAAUAGUUUAGGGUGGUCUACAGGGAUGGGCCAGAACAACUAUGUCUAGGGUCGACAGUGGGAAACACUAGUUUAUAUGUGUUGACAGUGAGGAACAACAGUUUAUAGGGGUCUAAGACAGUGAGUGAACAACUAUUCAAUGUGGUCUGACAGGGAGAACCACAAUGUUAUAGCGGGUCUGACGAGUGGAAUCAGUUUAAUAGUGAGAGUUUUAAGGAUGUGAUGUGUGAAAGUCUAAGGCUAGUUGUAAUAGGUCUGACAGUGAGAGGAAACAACUAGUUAUAGUGGGUCUGACAGGGUGAGGAAAACAACUAGUUUAUAGUGGGUCUGACAGGUGGGGGAAACAACUAGUUUAUAGUGGGUCUGACGGGUGAGGGAAACAACUAGUUUAUAGUGGGUCUGACAGGGAGGAAACAACUAGUUUAUAUGGGUCUGACAGGUGAGAAACAACUAGUUUAUAGUGGGUCUGACAGUGAGGAAACAACUAGUUUAUAGUGGGUCUGACAGGGUGAGGAAACAACUAGUUUAUAGUGGGUCUGACAGGGUGAGGAACAAUCGUUAGUUAGUGGGUUGGGGGGGACUUAGUUUUAUAGGUGGGGUCUGACAAGGGUGAGGAACGACUAGUUUAUAGUUGGGGUCUGACAGGGUGAGGGGAAGGAGGGAAGGAAAACAAUAGUGUUAUAGUGGGUCUGGACAGUGGUGAGGACACUAACUAGUUUUAUAAGUGGGUCUGACAGGGUGAGGGAAACAACAGUUUAUAGUGGGUCUGACAGGGUGAGGAAACAACUAGUUUAUAGUGGGUCUGACAGGGUGAGGAAACGACUUGUGCAAUUACCUCUUGUGGCCACUGGAGAGAGUGCUAGAUUUAGAAAUCCCCCAAUUCACUCUGAGUGAGUGGAAUAUACAGAGGGAUAACUGUUGCGUUUGAGAGGGAGUCUUGCCCAUUCACCCUAUGAAUGGCACACAUACACAAUCCAUGUCUCAAUUGUCUCAAGGCUUAAAAAUCCUUCUUUAACCUGUCUCCUCCCCUUCAUCUACACUGAUUUGAAGUGAAUUUAACAAGUCACAUCAAUAAGGGAUCAUAGCUUUCACCUGGUCAGUGUGUCUUGGAAAGAGCAUGAUUUUGUAUACUCCGUGUAGAUUCAGUCAAUGACCAUAGAUUCUUGGACCUGUAACGAGAAGGAUACUUGAUUGAAUACGACUGUUCAUGUACCAUUUUCUGUCAUGAUUUAAAUCCAAUGUGAGCGAUAUUUGUUAUUACCUUGAAGUCAACAGCAGACGGUCGUAGUAGUGGGGAUACAGUAGUGUUGUCUACAAAGACAAUGUUUUACACUUUGUUAGUGUACGAAUGUGUUGUAGAGAUGGGAUCCAAUUGAAGUGUAGGACGACACUGUUUUGUCAAGCUCUCUGCUCAGUUACUUGUUGGUCUUAUUGUCUCUCCCUCUCUCAUUGCUUGUCUCUCUACAUCUCUCUCAUUGCUUGUCUCUCUCCCUCUCUCAUUGCUUGUCUCUCCCUCUCUCAUUGCUUGUCUCUCUCCCUCUCUCAUUGCUUGUCUCUCUCCCUCUCUCAUUGCUUGUCUCUCUCCGCUCUCUCAUUGCUUGUCUCUCUCCCUCUCUCAUUGCUUGUCUCUCUCCCCUCUCUCAUGCUUGUCUCUCUCCUCUCUCAUUGCUUUCUCUCUACAUCUCUCAUUGCUUGUCUCUCUCAUCUCUCUCAUUGCUUGUCUCUCUACAUCUCUCUCAUUGCUUGUCUCUCUACAUCUCUCUCAUUGCUUGUCUCUCUACAUCUCUCUCAUUGCUUGUCUCUCUACAUCUCUCUCAUUGCUUGUCUCUCUACAUCUCUCAUUGCUUGUCUCUCUACCCUCUCUCAUUGCUUGUCUCUCUCCCUCUCUCAUUGCUUGUCUCUCUCCCUCUCUCAUUGCUUGUCUCUCUCCUCUCUCAUUGCUUGUCUCUCUCCCUCUCUCAUUGCUUGUCUCUCUCCCUCUCUCAUUGCUUGUCUCUCUCCCUCUCAUUGCUUGUCUCUCUCCCGCUCUCUCAUUGCUUGUCUCUCUCACGCUCUCUCAUUGCUUGUCUCUCUUCUCAUGCUUGUCUCUCUAUCUCUCAUGCUUGUCUUCUACAUCUCUCUCAUUGCUUGUCUCUCUCCUACUCUCUCCUCUCAUUGCUUGUCUCUCUACACUCUUCAUUGCUUUUGCUCUUCUACCCUCAUCUCUCUCUCUAUUGCUUGUUCUCUACAUCUCUCUCAUUGCUUGUCUCUCUACAUCUCUCUCAUUGCUUGUCUCUCUACAUCUCUCUCAUUGCUUGUCUCUCUCCCUCUCUCAUUGCUUGUCUCUCUACAUCUCUCUCAUUGCUUGUCUCUCUCCCUCUCUCAUUGCUUGCUCUCCCUUCUCAUUUUUCCCUCUCAUUGUUGUCUCUCUACAUCUCUUCAUUGCUUGUCUCUCUCCUCUCUCUUGCUUACUCAUCCUUAUGCUGUCUCUCUCCCUCUCUCAUUGCUUGUCUCUACAUCUCUCACGUUUCUCUCAUUGCUUGUCUCUCUCCCUCUCAUCAUUGCUUGUCCUCUCUUGUGUCUCUCCCCUCUCUCAUUGCUUGCUCUCUCUCUCAUUGCUUGUCUCUCUCCCCUCUCAUUGCUUGUCUCUCUCCCUCUCAUUGCUCUUGCUCUCUCCCUCUCAUUGCUGUCCUCCUCCUCUCAUUGCUUGUCUCUUCCAUCUCUCUCAUUGCUUGUCUCUCUCCCUCUCUCAUUGCUUGUCUCUCUCCCUCUCUCAUUUCUUGUCUCUCUCCCUCUCAUCAUUGCUUGUCUCUCUCCCCAUCUCUCAUUGCUUGUCUCUCUACAAUCGCUCUCAUUGCUUGUUCUCUACAUCUCUCUCAUUGCUUGUCUCUCUAACAUCUCUCUCAUUGCUUGUCCUCUCUACAUCUCUCUCAUUGCUUGUCUCUCUACAUCUCUCUCAUUGCUUGUCUCUCUCCCUCUCUCAUUGCUUGUCUCUCUCCCUCUCUCAUUGCUUGUCUCUCUCCCUCUCUCAUUGCUUGUCUCUCUCCCUCUCUCAUUGCUUGUCUCUCUACAUCUCUCUCAUUGCUUGUCUCUCUACAUCUCUCUCAUUGCUUGUCUCUCUACAUCUCUCUCAUUGCUUGUCUCUCUACAUCUCUCUCAUUGCUUGUCUCUCUCCCUCUCUCAUUGCUUGUCUCUCUCUCUGUCUAACAUCACUUUGUUCUAUACUGUUUCUCUCUCUCUCCCCGGAGUUUGUGCCUUUCCUCUGUUUUCAUGUUUCUUUGGGGUGCUGAGGCCAACACAGCUGUAUUUUUGUACAUAAACCCUGCACUUUAAAUACAAUACAGUUGGUAUCAAAACUCAUCUUGUGGGCUUCUUUCUUUCCACAUCACAAUUCACUGCAAAGAAAGGGCUCCUUGCCUUAGUACUGUUUUAGACCUGCACACUCCUCAAACAUUGGUGCUUCCUCUUUCAUUCUGACACCUCUUCCUCUGCAUAAUGCUGUUUCUCCACUGCGCCGCAGUGAUGCUUUAAGGUAUGGCCAACUUUCUAUAUUUCUUUCACUCGCUCUUCAAACUUUUCAUGUGGCAAUAAAAAAAAAAAAACAUCUUAUCUUACCUGUGUUAUGUGCAUGCGUGUCUGUGACAAAAGUCUGAGCUCUCGAAAGCCUUCGUUUUGCAGGCUUGCAUUUUAUUAUACAAUACCAACUUGUUUUCUUCUCUAAGUCUCUGCUAGUGUCUCUGCUAGUAUCACUCCUAGUGUAUCUGAGUUGUACUUACACUGUAAUGGUUUACUUUGUCCUUGCAGGAGACGAAACCUACCAAGACAUUUUCCAGGAUUUUUCCCAGAUGGCUUCAAACGAUCCGGAGAAGCUGAACCGCUACCAGCAGUACGACUCGCAGCAGAGGCCAUGAGGGAGGGAGACGACCUGGAAGUCUGGGAAACGGUCUGGGGUUUUUCCUGGUCAGUGUAGUGCUCAGCACCAAUAUUGGAGCGUCUGUUUCACCAGGACCUCAAUGCCGACGGCAUCUGUCGUAUAUCACUUUCUAUUGGUUUUAAUGGUCUAGAAUUUUACAUCUAAAGUAAAACAUUUAUACAUUUCAUUGAGGCUGGAGAGCUGUGAACUUAAACAAUGGUUUAUGGGACUCUGGACUGGAGCCCAGUUUGUAAUACAGUUCACAUUAGGACCUGAAUGGUACAGUGUUAUGGUUUUUACAUAAUGUGACAGUUUGGUUCAAAACAUAACCAUAAACAAAAUCAAGUCAAGUCAUAAUUGUCUAUUCUGAAUGCAUGUAAACCAAAUAGACCACUCAUCGUACCUUUUGAAGUUUAGUAUGCUUUUUACAAGUAGAUAAUGUUUUUACUAUAUAGAAUAAUCUGAAUUUAUUUGUGCUAUCAAUUUGCUAAAAUCAUCCCAUUUCAAUGUGUUGUCUUGUUGUUGGUCCAUAAGCAGCUUUUUGCGAUUUUGGCUAUGGUAACUUGUUUUAUAUAGCAUUGGUCUGUUGUAUAUUAAAAUGCAAAUCAGACUCAUUAUGUCAAGAUGUUAAAAAUGAAGGUUAAUGUUAAUGGUCAACCCCCAGGUAGUUGUCAUAUCCUGCCACCUUAAUUAUUUGCACAAAGUCCCACUUUUCCUCGUCAACACUGUUAAACAACGUUUGUAUGGGGAAACUUUGACGUGUGAGUUAAUGUACAGUUGGUGUAGAGUGUACAUUUUGCUGAAGUAUAGGUUUGUCACUCUUCCGUUAAUGUUGAAAAGCCCUUAAUGUGGCUCAUGCUUAGAUGUUGAUAGUGGGUAUUUUGGUGUUUAAAUUUUUUUGAUGAGGCAAUACUUUUGUUUUGUGUGAUUUUUAGGGGUAUAAAUGAAAUGGUCAGAUUCUCCAUGUUUGACACCAGGCUAGUUCUUUGUUUGUGAAGGGGGUAAUCAUAUUUUUAUUUUUUUGUAUAACUUUUUUUUGAGUGAGGAAGACGAGCCUUAUGUUGUUUUGGAGUAUUUCAUAUUCAAUCUUAUUUUAGACGGGAAACAAUGACUGUUAAAAGGAGAACAGAUUGCAUGUUAGGCUCUUUCUGUACAUGCAUGUUAGGCCCUUUCUGUACAUGCAUGUUUGAAUUUAGGUCCCCAUAUUGUAGCGUCUGCCUUUUCUGACAUGUCUCACUAUUUUAUUUCAAACAUCCUGUUCAUUGGAUGGCAAAAAACGACUUUACUUCUAUAAAAAUAUACCUUGUUUAUUAGUAUAGCAGUGUAUUAGACACACUAACAAGCAUGUCCCACCUGACUGGAUACAUACUACUGUGGCACUGCAUUGCAAUUACAAUAUGAGGAGCUCUCUUAAGCCCUGGUUAUACCUGCUGCUAACAUGUGCCCUUUGUCUUGAUCUUGUCCACAUUCUGAUUGUGUCCACAUUUUUAGAUCGG